AUGGCUAUGAACGUUUCUUUGGUUCGUGAUACAAAAUGGCUGACCUUAGAAGUAUGUCGAGAAUUUCAGAGAGGUACUUGUUCUCGGUCUGACACAGAGUGCAAGUUUGCUCACCCGUCACGGAGUUGCCAUGUGGAAAAUGGACGAGUUAUCGCCUGCUUUGACUCCCUCAAGGGCCGCUGCACUCGAGAGAACUGCAAAUACCUUCAUCCUCCACCGCACUUAAAAACACAACUCGAAAUCAAUGGACGCAACAACCUGAUCCAGCAAAAGACAGCCGCAGCCAUGUUUGCACAGCAAAUGCAGUUCAUGCUACCAGGAGCACAAUUGCAGCCAAUUACGACGUUUCCUGUGACUCCUUCGCUUGCAACUAGCCCCACCAUGGCUUUCAGCCCCUACUUAAGUCAUGUUUCUCCUGGAAUGGGCUUAGUUCCUGCAGAGCUGUUACCAAAUACGCCGGUCCUGGUAUCUGGGAACCCAACUGUUUCAGUACCGGGAGGCUCUGCUGGGCAGAAAUUGAUGAGGACAGAUAAACUGGAGGUUUGCCGAGAGUUUCAGCGUGGAAAUUGCACACGCGGUGAGAACGACUGCCGUUACGCUCACCCGAUAGAUAUUGCCAUGAUAGACACAAACGAGAACACUGUUACAGUUUGCAUGGAUUACAUCAAAGGGCGAUGCUCUAGGGAGAAAUGCAAGUACUUUCAUCCCCCUGCACACCUGCAAGCCAAAAUCAAGGCAGCUCAACACCAGGUGAAUCAAACUGCUGCAGCCGCAAUGACUCAGCCAGCUGUCCGAUCACUGAAGCGACCCCUCGAGGCAACCUUUGACCUGGCCCUGCCACCUGGUGCUCUUCAACCUUUACCAAAGAGGCCAGCACUUGAAAAAAACAACGGUGCCACCACAGUCUUUAACCCAAGUGUUUUCCACUACCAACAGGCCCUCGCAAACAUGCAGUUGCAACAGCCUACGUUCAUCCCGACAGGGUCUGUGCUGUGCAUGACUCCCACAGCAAGUGUUGUUCCCAUGAUGCACGGUGCUACGCCCACCACUGUGUCUGCAGCAACAACACCUGCCACCAGCGUUCCUUUCGCUGCAACUGCUACAGCCAAUCAGAUAUCCCAGUUAUCAGUAGAUGAACUAAACAACAGCAUGUUUGUCUCACAGAUGUAGAAGGAUGCAGCAGAACGUAAACCAUUUUGAAAUUCAAAACCAUGAAAUCAUGGAGUAUCUGGACAUCUUUCUCUCUGUUGGUGGGAAGCUGCACUUGGGCUCUCUGUAUGUAUAUGCCCUUCUUUCUUCCUCUACGACACCCACACAGUUAAGCCUACCGCAGCCGACAUGUUAACCAAAAACUGAUCCACGGGAAUGUCAAAAAUUUAUGAAAAAUAAAAAUUUAAAGCACUAUAGAAACAAUUAACAAACAGCGCUCUGUUAUACAAGAUAUAGAAGUAGAGAACUUAUGAUAAUAGACUUUUAUAACGCCCUCCUUUAACACAGUUUAAAGGCAUUUUUCUGACUACCAUCAAGACAAAGUUCUCCUGCACAGUGGACUGUCAGUUUACUGUUCUAUUGUCGAUGGAUAAAUGUUUGUCUGUUUUUCAAAGUGUUAUCUUACUGUUUUGUUUACAUCCUAGCCUAUUGAUUUGUUUGGAGAAAGACAAUGACAUGUACAUUGUUAUCAAGUAUACUCAACACCAUUUUUUUUCAUUAUCACAAUGUCUUACAUUUUCAUAUACAGUGGUGGUUAUCAGUUCUCUUUCUUUUUUAAAAAUAUGACAAGCUAAGAAUGUUAUAGUGGGAAACAGGAAUU